GGUAAGCGUGCUGAUGUGCUCCUUGAGCACGUCGAGGACGAGGCCACGCGGUUCAGCAGGGAGCCUUUGAUGCAGCGGACAAUUUGCCGGUCCUUCCCAACCUGAGCAAGGGUAAGUUUGUAGCUAGCCAGCGGUCCCGGACCUGAGAAAGCAUGUGAGGCAUCGGCGUGGGUGGCUUGAAGGGCAGUUCGGCUAUCUCAAAUUUUUCGUCAGCUACAUGUAAUGCCAUUUACUGGGUGGGAAGGUGGGAAGUGUGCUGAUGUGCUCCUUCAGCACGUCGAGGAACCGGCCAUGCGGUUCAGCACGGAGCCUAUGAUGCGGCGGAGAAUUUGCCUUGUGCUUCCCAACCUGAGCAAGUGUAAGUUUGUGGUUAGUCAGUGGUCACCGACCCGGGAAAGCGUGUGAGGCAUCGGCGUGGGUGGCUUGAAGGAAGGGCAGUUUGAUUGCAGGGGCAACUGCAUGCUGUCGCUCAUGCAGAAUCGGAAAUGUAAUUUUUGAAUUUUUUUUUGCAUUAAUUUCUACACAGAUAUGGAAACAGUGCUUUCGCUGUUGUGGAAAAGCGCCAAAGAGGCACAUGAUAUCUGUGAUGUCUAGUCGUUGGAGAUGUACUGUCAGGGUUACGGAGAUUUGGUGUUUGUGUUGUUGCAACACAGAGCAGAGUAUCUCUUACAUCUCCACAUAGGUUUUUUGUAACUCUUUUCCUCAACACCCGAGCUGUGCACCGCAAGGCUGCGUUAUGAAAUGCCGUACAGUAGCUGUUCUAUAGUUAUAUAUGCUAUAAAUGCUUUCUGCAAUGCCGAGCCGUGCACCGCAAGGCUGCGUUAUGAUAUGUCGUACAGUAGCUGUUCUAUAGUUAUAUGCUAUAGAUGCCUUAGCAUUGCAGCACUUUAUGUUAUGUGAUGCCGUCCUAUGUUUUGUGAUAGAUAUAAUCAUAGUAUAAUGUCAUGCGAUCUGUCAGCAUAUGCUCAUCAAGCUUCUGUCAUCUGAUGUCUAAACAAGGACAUGUUUUGCUAUGUUAGGCACUUCUCUGCGACGUCUGUUACAGAGCAAUGCUAUGGAAUAGCACACAGAAUGUAAUGUAAUGCUAUGUGAUAGCUAUGGUAAAUCCUAUGCUAUGCUAUGUGAUAGCUGUUAUGCUUCCAUAGCACACAGAAUGUUAUGCAAUGCUAUGUGAUAGCCAUGAUAAAUGCUAUGCUAUGAAAAUGCUAUGCUAUACUAUGCUAUGCUAUGUGAUGGCUCUGAUGCUCAAAGCGCGCACUGUUAUAUUGAACCAUGUGCCGUCAAGUUGAUGAUCCUUCGCCGUAGCAUGUGCACAUUUUACAGCGGUAUGCUGGCAGAGGGGGGGCAGUGUGCUCCAUGUCUUUAGCAGUCUGCAUUGUCAAUUGUAUGGAGACCAUGGGCCGCACUCCACUACUCAACGUUCUGAAUGCAUUUUGUCGCUUUCUGGACAAGGUGCAUUUGGACGAAUGCAACAUGUUGAAUGUAUCGGGACGAUUGUGAGCUCCAGAUACUUGUAGAGUUUUGUGUGGUGGAGUGAGGCCUUAUGUCCCCGUACGGUAGAUAUUUGGCCGGGUGUUUGCAGGCGUUACAUUGUGCUGUGGACUAAAGGUUUGCUGUACCCUGUCAUGUUUCUGGGCAAGGUGCAUUGCUACUCUGUCCGUCCGAACGUAUGCUGGAGUACUGGGCAAGGUGCAUUGCUACUCUGUCCGUCCGAUCGUAUGCUGGAGUAUUGUAUGGUUAGCUGUAUGCUGUCAUGUCAGUCCUGACGAGCGUUGUACUCUGACUAUGUCUCAUAUACCAGAGUUAUUUGCCCAGGAGCAUGCAGACAUUAGAUUUUGCAGCGGGCGGAACAUUUGCUAUUCUCUGCCGUGCGAUUGUGUGCUGCGCGACGAUAUGCUUUGCUGCACUAUUCUUUGGCAUGCCAUGUUAGUUCUGAAGGGCCCAUACCAUGAUGGUAAUAUGAUUAUAUGCCAUAGUUUUCGGGCUGGGAGCGUGGACGUAUUAGAUUGUGCAGCGGGCCAAACAUUUGCUAUUCUACGCUGCGCGAGUCAUUUCUGCUGUGCUGUCCUAUGCUUUGCUGUACUAUUCUGUCCCAUGCCAUGUUAGUGCUAAGCGCCCUACCCUUUGGGAAUGUUUCAUAUGCCAGGGCUCUACUCGCGUCGCCAUUGCCCUCUGGUUGCUAAUGCUUCAGUGCAGGAGGAGAAGUCCACGGCAUUGCAGGAGCUGAUCGCCGCUUAGAACGGUCUGUGGUCUGUGCCAACAGCUUUCGGCUUCUGUUGCUGUGCUGUGGUAUUUUUGUUCUAUUCUGUGCUGUGUUAAGGGGCUACAGUUGCGAACUAUCCCAUAAUGAUUUCCGACUUUGGUGACGUGGGCGCCAGAUAGCAGCACUGCCAAUGACAGUGGGUGCUCGUCUGCUAUAUGUCAUAUGUGCUUUUGGCCAUGUGCCAUUCACGGCCUGUUAUUCUACUAUGCUAUGGGAUAUGCACGUCCAUGCUAUGUUGUUGGUCUUAUGCGAUGUGCUGUGCCAUGCUAUGCUGUGUUGUGCUAUUCCAUUAGCUGUGCUAUGUUGUGUUGCAAAGCUAUCCUUCAAUCCGUAUUCCGAUUUGCAUGAAGAAGUCGGGUCAUGGUAGUCGCCUUGUGCAUGGAAAGGCAACACGAAACCCUCCGGAAGUUACGGACCUCUUUUGUUGUUGGUUUCUUGGGACUAUGCUGUGCAUGUCAGGACUGCUGAGUCAAUCGGGCGUCUAGCUAAGAGCGACGGUACACAUCUUUUGCAUUGAAAAAGGUUGUGUCUGAAGUAGGUAGUAGAUAUAGUCGUUCCUAUCGUCUGUGUGUAUCGGAGCAAAGCACAUGCGCACAGACUUAGGGUUUUUUUGUUGAGUCAGGCAAGGAUGCAGUUGAGCGAAGGCCAGGAAGGUGUAAAAAAAGGAGCACCUGGGACCUCAGCGGAAAAUACCCUCCUCCUCCUACCCUCUGUCCCUCUGCGAUUUCCCUCCACCUUCUACCACCCGCCCCCUCGGCCUCCCUCUCGCGCUCUACCUCUUUGGUACAGGUGAGGUCGAACAUGACUAUGGUAUGUAGAGCAGUGGUGGCGUCAGUUCAGACACCUGUCCGAAAGACUCUGAGAACUUUUUUCUCGUUUCUCUGACGGGAAACAGGCGAGCUAUCGGAAGCAGCAUUCGGAGGGGCAGGAGGGAAUAAUUUGUUCAUAAAUGACUUGGGGAUUGAUUUCGCUUUGUUAACUAACCCUCGACCAACUGCAAGUUGACGUUCGACAGCUGUUUCGGGACCAGGCUUCCUCUGUAAGUGUGACACUGGCACAUGCCUUGUCUGAACUACCGUUGUUUGAAUUCUAGCCCGGUCUAAAUUGUGUCCUCUCUGGCUCAAAUUUGAGCCAGGUGGCGAUUGUGUUGGGGCGAAAAGUUGAGCAUGGUCCACGUAACACCCUUGUUCAUGGGUUGCUAAGGAGAGGGCAGGAAGGUGAGACAAGUUAAGUGGGCACAGGUCCGGGUACGGGAUUGACACCAUUCGGAGUGCGAGCCUGGCCUGAAUUGCGCGCAUUUCGGGCACAAAUUUGAGCCAGGCGCAGUUUGUGUCCGGGCGAAAAGUUGAGCAUGGUUCACAUGGCGCCCUUCCUCGUGGGUUGUAAUGAGAGGGCAGGAAGCGUGACGUUUCGAGUAUCUCGGAUAUCGCCCACCUUACCUUAGACAGGGAAGUGGAGAACCCAUAGGGAUUGCUUUUUCGCUUUUGUUGUUCUUUUUUGACGGUUCCUGUGUUUCGCGUAUUUGUAUAGUUCACAGGCCAUAAUGUGUACAUGCGAUGAGGAGAGGAUGCACAGGGCGCAAAUCGACCACCCAAGAGGCAACAAGGGAUUGGCUGAGAACGUGCAUAACGUAUGCUAUCUAGCGAUAGGUGGUGGGAGGCAGUGCAGAGAACUGCAUGGACAGCUCCCCAGGUGGGAUGCACAGGACGCAUAUCGACCAGCCAAGAAGCGAUUAGGGAUUGGCUGAGAACGCGCAUAACGCAAGCUAUCCAGCGAUAGGCGGCAGGAGGCAGUGCAGAGAACUGCAUGGACAGCUCGCCAGGUGGGAUGCACAGGACGCAAAUCGACCAGCCAAGAGGAGACAAGGGUUUGACUGAGAACGCGCAUAACGCAUGCUAUCUAGCGAUAGGCGGCGGGAGGCAGUGCAGCGAAUGGCAUGCUAUCUAGCGAUAGGCGUACUGCAUGGACAGACAGCUUGCCAGGUGGGUUGUCGAACUCUUCUCUCGACUCGUCUGCGUCAGAACAGCAGGUUGACUUGGUCAGGCUUUUGGAUCAUUGGUCAAUCUCAUGUUGUUGUCAACACAAAUUCUUACUGAGAUAUGUUAUUUGUCGUUUGGAUCUUUCUACACAACGGAGCGUUUGGUGUGUGCCGUGUCGAAUGAUCUCCUUUCUCCGGGAGAUCGUCCGUCCAGUGUCCGGAAGCCUAGCUAGUGGUAGUAGUUUUUGUCGAAAUCUCUCUGAAAUAUCACCCGCCCCGUGUGCAGAACCCUCCCGGCGCCAAUGGCAGUUAUUUUAUUUAUAUCGGCUGCGCCGCCCUGCUGUCCUCGUUCUGAGUCUCCUUUCUCCCCAAGGCUCUUUGUGCGCCAUUCAUAUCCAAGGUGUUUUUCAUUCCCCUUGACCACCACCACACGUCCGAGCCCUUUUUUCCCGAGGCGCAAGGCGGAAAAGAACUGUGCGCCAAGCUUUUUCAAAGCGGCGGCGCAACUCUUUUUUUUUUUUGUUUUGGCUGUGGCCGCCGGCCAUUUCGGUCCGGUGGCGCCCGUCCUCCGGAGAAUGUGGUAUAACCUUAUACCACGUUCUUCUUUGGAGGUUUCGAGUUUGCCUGUGAAAUGUAGUGGUGGUUUAAGUCCAUUGUAGAUUAUUUACUCUACUAAGCUGCUGGUUCAAUUGUUUUGCUUGUUGUGAUAAUAGAUUGAGCGUCGUGGAAAAAAAGCUUCCUCUCCAAAACAAAACCAAAAAAAUGCU